AUGGGUUGUCCUACUCUGGGGGACCCUGGAGCCACAGGUCAGGUGGUCCCACCCUUUAAAGUGCCAUCACGUGCCUCAUCUAACUCCCCUGGCCAUAGGAACCCCGAGAAUUGGUACCGUGUGUCGGCGGGUAAAAGCAGGAGACAAAUCAGCUUCCUCUGUGCCAAGGCCCGCCAUCACACGUCGAGCAUAGACAAGGCCGAUGGCCAUCUUAAGCGGCUGAAGCAAGACAACCGGGAGGAGAGGAUCUACAUUUGGGCCGAUUUAGCCAAGGUGGCCCGGCAGCAAGGGGUGUGGGACGUGUGCCGGACGGCCUGCCGGUUCUGCCUCCUCUAUGAUGUGAUGGCCAAGAAGAUGUCCAGGACCCGGAAAGGAGUAGGGAGAAAGAAGAAGGGAGGACCCGAGGUCAUCCUGGACGUCCUGAGCUCUUCGGAGCUGAUGCUGAGCACCAAAAUCAUGACGGUGGACAUCCAGCGCACCUUUGCCAAAGUGGGCUUCAUCAACGCCGAGGCCAUCAUCCACUUUCUUCAGUCAGAGGGCAUCGCGCUGAAUGACCGACCUGUCCCGCCAGAAAGCUCAGUCCAACACCACACUGGCAACAUCGCGGUUCCCCCAGAGGAAGAUGCUGAAUGGCUCACUUACAGGCAGAGGGGCAGAGACCCCUCAGAACCUUGGCUUCUCCUCUGGCUCCCAGGCACACCCUGGGUGAGCCAGCUGACUGACAGCUUGCCAUUAAGAGACCCUUCUGCCUCCUUCCUGCUCCUGCUACAGCUGAUGAGUCAGUGCCAAGAGCAGCUGACCAGGAUGCCCUCUUGGACCUCCCCAGCCCUGCCAGACACUGUUCUGGACCUCCCUGGCCCCCCAGACACCCUCCUGGACCUCCCCAGCCCCACCCUAAAUGCUCUCCUGACCUCCUCGGCCCCCCAGAUAUCCUCAUGUACCUCCCUGCCCCCCCAGAUGCUCUCCUGGACUUCCCUGGCCCCCUCAGACACCUUUCUGGACCUCCUUGGCCCCCAAGAUGUCCUCCUGGACCUUUCUGGCCCCCCAGACACCCUCCUGGACCUCUAUGGCCCCCCAGAUACCCUCCUGGACCUCCAUGGACUCCCCCAGAUGCCCUCCUGGACCUCCCUGGUCCUGGAUAGAAGUGGGGGACCCCGGCUCUCCCUGCUCUCCUGGAUCGAGAACCUGUCUCAGUACGUGCAGAGGAACUGGCUGCGGUCAGCCGAGAUCGGGCAGGAGAUCAACGAGGCCUGGCUGGUCCACAACACGGUGGUUUACGUCCUCAACCACAACCAUCACCUGAUCACUGCCGGCCGGCAGAGGGAGCUGGUAGACCUGCUGCAGAACCUGCUGAACAUCAUGAGGAUCACGGGCCACAACGGGGACACCGUCGCGUUGGUGUUGCUGUGCAAUGCGUUGGCUCGGGGACUCAUCCUGCCCUGGAUUCCCUCACACACAUCAGAUAGGGGCCGCAGGUUUUUGAAGUCAACCCAGACGCAUGUGGCCCCGCUGGAGUGGAAUGCCAUUUCUGAAGUUAAAGUGGCCAUUGAGGUUUGUGACUUUGGUCUCACUCUGACCAAUGGGAAUUUGCCUCAAGAGAUAGUGCCCAUCAGCAUCCGGCAGCAGCUCAUUGCCACCUGGGUGAAAGCCAAGCAGCUGGUUCAGCAGCAAAUAGGCAACAAACUGGGCACAGAUGAGGAGAACCUAAAUGAAAGCCAGGUCCGAAUGACCAAGGUGCUGGUUGCCUUGGAGAUGUAUUCUUGUAAUGGGCUGGGCCUCAUGGACUUCACCUUGCCCACCUUAGCCCAGAUGCUGAAGAUGGCCUCAGAAUGCGUGUGGACAGAUCCCCUCAUGGAAAUCCAGAGCCUGGUCCGACUGGCACACUUUGCUUAUAUGUUACGUGAGCAUGAAAGCGUGAUGGCCUUGUGCAAGAAAGUCCUGAGCAAGGGCGAGAAACUCCUUGAAAGCCAACGGGAAGUCAAGUGUUCAGAUCAAAAUGACAACUUGCUUCCAGCUGAAUUACUGAGUGCUUUGCUGUGUACCCAAGGAAAGAGUAUCAUGGAGAACUUGGCAGGAAGAAAGCAAUUACGCCAGCAGGCGGCCAAGGCCUUUCUGGGCAGUAUCAGGUAUGCGGGCUUAGCAGGGAACCACACCUUGGUAAUGCAAUCAGCCCGCCAUUACUGGAACACCUGCCUCCCAUUCUUCAGUUCCUCCUUCUGCCGGAAAAAGCUGAAACAAUCCAUCCAGCUUAUCCUCAAAACCAUCAGCAAGACUGAAAACAAAGAACAGUGUAAGGAAAGAUCCUUGAUUCUGCACCAAUGGCCCAGCAUGGACCUUCAGUACAGUGGAAGCACCGAAGGUCACUUCCAAUCAGGUACCGAUGACGACAUCACCCUGAAAACAGCCCUGUACGGCCUCUUGUACCACAUGCACGCUGACCAGAAUGACCUUCAGGGCGGACUCCGGGUUUUGGAGGAAGCUAUACAAGUGCUGCCCCGCACUGGGCACCGACUUUUUAUUUUCAAACACAUGGUGAUGGUGAAGGCCAAACUGGGCCAGAACUUCUCGAUGGAGGUCCAGAAGUUCAAGGACACCAGCGAGGACUACUUGUCCCACAUGUGGCACUGCCUGGCCUUCAGCUCCAAGGACCUUCUGGGGAGUCUCUAUUGCUACUACAAUGCCAUCCAUGCACUGCAGAAACCCGAGAACACCUGGAAGAAGAUUGAUUACCUGAUGGAGUUCUCAGAGUGGCUGUAUUACAAUCAGUUUCCUAUUAACAACGUCUUCUUCCACCUGAACUGGGCCAUUGACCUCCUACUCAGCAUGAAGACACAAAACAGCUUGAUCGAGGAGACGGGUGUUUCACCAAUCCCCAUGGAGGAUGCCGGUGUGGAGGAGGAUUCCAGUGUGGAGGAGGAUGCUGAGAAAACAUCUUCAAACCAAGAGGAACUGUUGCAGGAGUCUUCUGAGGCAGCUCCAAAGGUGACCUUGGACACUUUAACCAGUGUGAGACAGCUGGAGACUCUGGCUUAUGCCCACACGCUCAUGGCACUAGUGGUGGGGAGUGGGUCUUCCCAGUAUGAGGAGAAUUCUCUGAUGGCCUACAGAUACAUCAUGCGCAUUUGGGAGCCACUGGCAUCGAUGACACUCUGGGUCCACAUCAUGUCCAGUAGCAUGUAG